AACAUUACUGUUGACAUGUCUUGCUCACUAGGCCGCGAGGUGGGACCAAUCGCGCGUUGUGUAGCAGUCACGUGAACGAGGGCAGCUCAGAUCGGCUCGGCACGUCAUUAUGGAAAAUGGCGGAUUCUAGUGGAAAUGAACCGUCUAGGGCGAGUAAUGCUCUGUUUAAACGACAAGAACAACUACAGCGUUGGAAGCAGAGCGAAACAGCCCGUGAACCUGUAGUGAAGCCAACGAAACGAAAUAAAUUGAAAUUCGACGAUGGCACUGUGUUCUUAUCGGCCGUUUCUGCCGGCGACUUGGAUGAGGUCAGAAAGCUCUUGCAGAAAGGUUCGGACGUGAACUACCAAAAUGUCGACGGUGUUACAGCCUUACAUCAGGCCUGCAUCGACGAAAAUGAAGAAUUGGUUGAGCUUUUGGUACAGCAUAAAGCGAAUUUAGAAGUAAGAGAUAACGAGGGAUGGAGCGCAUUGCAUGCUGCCGCGAGUUCGGGAAAUUUGGAUGUCACCGAAUUUUUGGUGGAGCAUGGUGCAGACAUUGCUGCAGUCAACAAUGAAGGAGAACUUCCUUUGGAUCUAGCUGAAGAUGAUGAUGAAGAGAUGACUGAAUACCUUCAAGAACAACUUCGCAAAGCUAAUGUUGAUGUGGAAGCUGCGAGGGCAGAGGAGGAGAGGAUUAUGGAAGAAGAUGCACAGUCCUGGCUCAACAAGGGACGGAUAACUGAAGUGAAAGAUCCAAAAACUGGUGCAACUGCUUUACAUGUUGCUGCUGCCAAAGAAUAUACAAAAGUCAUCAAUCUCCUCUUGCAAGCAGGAAGUGAUCCAAAUGCUCAAGAUGUGGACAAGUGGACACCACUUCAUGCUGCAGCACAUUGGGGUCAGAAAGAAGCAUGCAAGCUAUUGGCUGAUUAUGGAGCCGAUUUUACACUUAGAAACCAUGUGGGGUUGACUCCAAUUGACUUAGCCGAACCUGACAUAGAAAAAUACUUAGAAGAAUUGAAGAAAAAGCAAAUGGAGAAACCGAAAAUAAAUGCAUCUAUAACUCCCAUGAACACCAUAUCAACUGGUCAUCCAACAUUGACGAGAAGGCGGUCAAUAACACGAAUCAAAGACACAGGAUUAUCAAAGACGGACGUCACACAAGAGCGCAAAGCCAUGGCAGAACGAAUAGGUGCACAAGGCCCUAAAGAACCUUUAAUAAAAGAAUCAAAACAAGAGACUCCAGACGACAAGAAUUCGUCGAGCAGUGUCGAAUCGGACUCGGAGGAAUCCGAGUCAUCCGAAGAAAGCACGGGCGAAGAAUCGGAUGAGAAAGAAAAACAACGUCGGACGGUGUCGGAAAAGCUCGCUACGAAACGUGGUUCGGAAUCCGACUCGGAGUCGGAAGAGGCAGUAAAGAACAAUAGGGUAACAAAUUCGGUUAAGAACCAAACGCCUGUAACGAACAAUCUCCGGGGUCGAAAUCCCGCCUUCUCAAGAUUUGAUAAUAAGAAUGCUGUUACCACAGCAACAACUACUAAUUCCGUGACGUCACGUCCCUUGAAUAGUACCUCCAGGAUAUAUCCUUCUACUAGGCAGAACUCAACUGAUAAAAAGGAAGAGACAGGUACGAGGGCUAGCGAUAGAUAUGGACUAAGCCGUGGAAGACUGACCCCGUCUCGCAGCGAUGAUACCGACACCGCAACGAAGGAAGUCGAAAGUCGCCGAAGGGUGUUCGAGCGUACCCGACCAGCAAGUAGUAGUUAUCUAUCACGCUUGAAUAACGACGAAACGCGUGAUAGCAGGGAAAGCAGGGACAGUAAGGGAUCAGAGGAGGUGAAAGAUAGGGUGGAAAGCAAGACGAAUGAGGACAAUGCUAGGAAAGAGGAGGAAACACGACCAAGUUACCGUUCCCAACUUCGGGAUACCAAACUCUCAUCGUAUCAACCUCGUAAUCGCCCAUCAUCUCGAAACUUCGACGAUGAUAAACCGAAACAUAACGAUGUGGACUCGUACCUCGCUCGGCGAAAUAACCGCUCUACGUUUUUAUCCGACCGGGACAAGGAGAAAAACGACACUACCUCAACAACAACAACGUCCUCCUAUGCAAGUCGGCGCCGAGCACGCGAUGAAGCCGACACAAAUAGUACGUCACGUGAUACGACUCGUGACACGACACGUGAAACUCGGACAUCGAGCUAUCUUCGGUCGACGAGUUCAGACAAUGUAUCAAGUCGAAUAAGUGAAAGAGAGAAAGAGAGGCAGCGUGAAGCGGACAAGGAAAAUGAGAAGCAAAGCGAGAAGGAAAAAGCAAAGGAAAAGGAGACCGAGAAGGAAUCGGUGGAUAAAUCAGCUUCAACGGCUGCCCGUGCUAGGAAGAAUCGUAGACCAAGAGAAAAGAGAAGGUCUACUGGUGUGGCGUUCAUGCCUUCUGAGAGUGACGAGGAAGAGCCAGAUGAACUUCAAGAAGCCAAGAAGAAUACAAUGAUGAAUGAAGAUAUUGAAGAAAAAGAGAAACCUAAGGAAGAGACGAGGAGUCUUGCCGAUAGGAUACGAGCUGGAAGGACGGCAUCGUCGACGACUUCGUCAACAUCAGAUAGACAUAAAAACACAACGCGGGCCGUAGAUAGUAAGAUGCCAACAGAUGUUAAUACAUUACAAGAGAAACUACGAGAAACCCGGACUGAACUAGAUAAAACAAUACAAGAGAAGAAUAAACUAGAACGAAAAGUAGAGUCUAUGGAAGAAGAUUUAAAGCAACUAAAUGACUUACGAGAAGAUAAUCAAAGACUAAAGGACGAAAAUGGCGCACUUAUUCGAGUUAUUAGUAAAUUAUCGCGAACACCUUCGUGAGUGUCUCGCAAGUAACUCGCGAGGCCACGAGCAAGCGCAGAUAGUCGCGCGCGCGUGUGCAAAUUUAAAACUUUGUUUUUGGGACAUUUUUCUUGUGGUUGCGACUAAAGGCAGGAACUUUAGAAAAUUUCUUAUCAUUGGCCCUUGUUGGAAAUUUGCGCACGAAAUGUUAAUUAGACGCUAAUUAGACGCCCUGUAUGGAAGUACUGUAUUUAAUCUUUUAAGCGCCGUAAUUUAGAGCAAAAUUUAAUUGCACUUAUCGCAUUUUCAAACCACCCUAUAUAAGGACACCUCAAUGUACACUUGGAUUAUGUUCAAACUCGAUUUUUUUCAAAUCUCAGUCAUGGAGUCUCUCGAAAUUUAGGAGGUGUAUUUAGGAAGAAUUUAGAUAAAUUAGAAUUAUAUGACACAAAGGCUAAUAUUUGAAGCAAUUUGCAGCUCAAUUUCUUGCUAAGAUCCAUUGAGGUUAUGUUGAGAUGUAUGUACAAAGAAAAACAAUAAAAUUGUUGGCCAUUUUUCCAGCCAUCUACCCCAUGACAAUGUACUUUUUUGCGGGUUAGGGUUAGGUCUCAAUUGCACUGCAAAUUUCAGCAAAUAUUGGCUUUUGCAUUAUUUUUCAAAGCGCUCAAACGAGUAAAUACGGUAUUGCGGUAUUACCAUCUCGUCAAGAAUCAGGGAUUAGCCGGGUUGCAUACUUGCACACCAACUAACUACGGCUGACUCGCUUUACUCUUAUUUCUUCAUUUCCAACGAGAUGCUUGGAAAUGUAAGAAUUGUGCAUUGCGAAGCCGUGUUUGUGAAAGGGACGGUAUUCAUAUUGUAGUGAAGCAUGACAUUUUGUGAGAACUACUCGGUGGACAUAUUUUGCGCGCGCACUAGUACAAUGGCCUGCGCAUAUAUUAUAUCAACUUGAAAUAUUUUGUAUGUGUAAAUAAAU